GUUAUGUCCAGUGUAGAAAUAAGGCAGAGAUAGCUGAUAUCUGUAUUGAAUUUUUAGUAAAUUUUUGCGUUGAUUAAUCUUCCUUUUUUAUACUAUAAAACAAUGGCUAAAGCCAAGAAAAAUCGCUUAAACUCCGAUGCGUUACUUAAAAAGAAGGGUCAAAGCGUAAGCAAGCCGAAUGCGUUCGAAAUUCGAACAACCAAUUCAAAAUUCACUAUCCUAAAUCGGGAUAAAAGCGCCAACAGGUUAACUGGUUUGCCCGGUGGUCAGCGCUCUAGAGCCAUCGAAAAGCGCAAGCAAACGCUUGGUCAGGAGUAUCUAGUGAAGAACAAAAGCAAUAAAUUCCAGGACCAACGGAAGGAUGGCAAAAACUGUGGACAAUCAAUUCAGCGCCAAUCGAUGACAUCCCAGCGAAAGGAAAUGUACAAUUUGAACGAUUCGGUUAAGCUAACACACAGAGGACAAACGUUGGAGGAAAUUGAGCGUUUCGAUGAUGCGGUGGACAACGAUGAGGAUUCGGAUGAUGCUGGCCAGUUAGACGCCGAUUUUAUGGAAGCUGCACAUUUUGGUGGUGGGAAGCAAGAUGAGGAUCAAGUGAAGGAUCGAAAAACGGUGAUAGAAGAAAUGAUUGCCGAAUCGAAGAGAAUGAAGGCUGAAAAACAACGCGAAAAUGAUGAAUUAUAUGAGAUGACGAAAAAACUUGACCAAAACUGGCAAUCGCUCAUUCCAGUUGUGGGUAACUUUAUGAAGGAUGAAGAAGUUAAACCAAAACUGGAUGACUAUGAUAGAAUCAUGCGGGAAAUGAUUUUUGAGAAGAGGGGUGCCCCCACUGAUAAGUUGAAAUCAGCAGAACAACUUGCGCGGAUAGAAAAAGAGAACCUAGAAAAAUUGGAACGCGAAAGAAUUGCCAGAAUGAUGGGGGAAGUAGCUCUCCCAAAAACAAAGUACCGAUCGACCGAUGAUUUAGAUGAUGGGUAUGAUAUACAACCUGUGGGCGGAGAUGAUGGAGAACCGGCCGUCGACUCACUCGUAGAUGUUGAAGAUGGACUUUAUGAUCCACGAAAAAUAUCGAAAGAGGCUGAACGUGGAAGUGAGUCUACGACAGAAGACAGUGAUAGCGAGGAAGAAGGGGAAGAAGAAUCUGAAGAGGAUGAUCUUUCCGAUCUCAAACAAGAUUUCAGUAACGAAGAAGAAGAAGAAGAGGAAGUUUCUAAUGAAGCUAACGAAAGGAAAACUGAACAGGUUAAUCGGGAAAACAAAGUAAAAAUAGCUAACAACGGUGAAGUUGAACGUAAGAAUUCACGUGAGUACGAUGAAUUACCUUUUAUUUUUGAAAUACCACGGAGAUAUGAAGACUUGGCUGAGCUUUUAAAUACGCUAUCACCGGAUGAGCAAAGUAUUAUUCUGGAACGAAUGAUUAAAUCAAAUAAUCCAAAAUUUUCGCAUGAAAAGAAAGCAAAAAUGAUUCCUUUGUUCGCAUUUGUUAUUCAACAUUUAAACGAUUUGUUCUCAAUUGUUGAUGCUAGCACAAUUGGAAACUCUUUCCGUACCCUCGAUUGUCUGACGCCACAUCUAUAUGACCUCAUGAAAUUUAAUCAAUCAGAAACCUCUGCAUGCUUCUUGGAGGUAUUGAAGGAGAAACAGGAACAAUUCUACAAACGACCACGGUUAUAUCCGGCGCUGGAUACGCUCAUAUUUCUGAAGCUGAUACCGCUUCUUUUCUCAGCAUCAGAUUUUCGCCAUCCGAUUGUUUCACCAGCACUGGUCUUCAUAAGCGAAAUGCUUUCGAGGUGUCUUGUUAGGAACAGAAAAGAUAUAACUGUGGGAAUGUUCCUAGUGACUACGACACUGGAAUGUGUUGAGCAAUCGAAACGACUACUUCCAGCUGCUUUAAACUUUUUGAAUGGGAUUAUAUACUUAUGCUAUCAGAAACGUCCGGUACAGAUUGUACACACCAUACCACCGUUCAAAUCGUCGGCACCAUUGAACAACUUGCUUGCUUUGGAGAAGGCGGCUGGGGCAGACGAUAGUAAAAAUCUAGGAUUCACUGCGGAUGAUUUCAUUACAGAAAAAAUAGAUUUAUCAUUCAAACUGAGAGCGCUGAAUACAACGUUGAAUUUGAUACGAAAUGUUUGCCAGCAGCUUAACGAUUCAAUUGGCGUACAAUAUGUAACUGGAAACUUCCUUCAAAAUUUGGAACGCAUCGAUCCGGAUUUGCUACCGAUUUCAGUGAAGUCAUCGCUGGAGAAAACCCUCGAAAGUGUUCGAAAUCUCAGCUCAAAACCAAUGCGCUAUCUCGUUGCGGCGGAGCAAAAGCCCAAAUAUCUACGGCUGCUCGAGCCAAAGAUUGAGACAGUAUACGAUGAUAUUCGUCGUCGUCCGAAGAAUGUCAAGGAGCAACGCAAAAAGUUACAACAAAAGGUCAAAAAGGAAACCCGAGCUGCGGCCCGUGAAAUUCGACAAGAUAAUGAGUUUAUUGCCAAAAUGCAAUUCAAGCAGCGCAUGGCAAGCGACCGCGACCGCCAAGAGAGGGUCAGAAGAAUAUUCAACGAUGCCACAAUGCAGCAGGGUGAACUCAAGUCAUUCGACCGCAAGGCUAAAUAUAGGAAAUAAAAUG